AUUUGGGCAGGCCGGCAGAGAGACGCAGAUUUCUAAAAUUUGGCCUCUUGGGUGUGCAGGCCCUGCAUUUCUAAUGCCAAACAAUGAAUGAAACCAAUUGCCGGAAAUACACAGCAUUCUCUUCACUCUACCCUUUCCAAUUCUUCGAUACUUCCCACCAAAAUUACUUUCUUUAUCCACCAUUUGUCAGCCAUUCUAAUUCUUCCGCGUCCAGGACUGAGUCCUUUGGUUCCCGAGUCUCGUCAACUCAACUACGAUAAUUCUAUAUAACAAGAUUUCAAGAGGUCUCUCAGAAUCCAAUUUCCCAAUCAUGGCGUCCCGAUCAUCGCAAUUCGCUCUCCGUUACUUUGCCCUGAUCGCGGCUUCUCUUCCUCUCCAUCUACCCGCCGCCACCCCCUCCGCCGUCGAUUCAAUGUACUACUUCGGGAACGGCGAUCCUGCCACCUCCGACGGCUUCCUCAUGGUCGAUUUCCUAGCCGCGGCAUUCAAUCUGCCUUCUCCGAAUGCCGACUUUGGCCAGCGGCAGACGUUCGAUUACGACGUGGCCGCCGCCAUGGACGAUGCCUUCUUCUACCGGAGCGGGUUGACGGCGGGAUUUCGAAUCGGAAACCGGUCUCUGCACUCGCAGUUCGUUUCUUUCAGCGACUCGCUCGAUUCCCUCUGCUCAUCUCCCCAAGAAUGCAAGAGCAAGCUCCGGAAUUCUGUUUUCGUUUUGGACCAAAUUGGGAGUUCUGAUUAUCAGUACUCCUUCCUCAAUGGCAAAUCUCUCAAGGAGAGCUAUGGAUUGGUGGACUCAGUAGUCUUCACCACCCAAUACAUUGUUCAGAAACUGAUAGAAAUGGGAGCAACCAAAGUGCUAGUAACGGGAACACUCCCAAUGGGCUGCCUUCCAGGCUACCUAACCAUCCUUGGUAACCCCAGAAGAAACGAUUACUUAUCGUACGAUCGCCAUGGCUGCCUGGCAUCAAUGAACACCUUCUCAAGAGUCCACAACGACCAUCUGCAAUCAGCACUGUCAAAGCUCAGAAGCCUUCACCCUGAUGUCGAGAUCGCCUUUGGAGACACUUACAAGGCGUUCACGGCCGUGCUAAGGAACCACGUCCUGCUGGGAUUCAAGAAGGACGAGAUGUUCAAGGCAUGCUGUGGAAGCAGCAGAGCUGGAGGUAGAGGAGUGGAGUUCAAUUUUGAUCCUGCAAAGGUUUGCGGGAAACAAGGGCUUCGGGUUUGUGAAGACCCGUCGACCCGGUUGAGCUGGGACGGGUUUCAUUUGACCCAAGAGGCUAUGAAGCUUGUUGUGGAUGGGCUGUUCGUUGGGGAAAGGAGAAGUGGGCUUUUGCUGGGAUAGCUCGUUGGGUUGUUUUGAUUCUUUUUCAGGCUUAAGCCUGUUAAGUGGGUUCUUUUACUUUGUAGCUUCCUUUGUGUGGCCGAGCAUCGAGGCCCAACUGGUUGCAUCAAUUGGUUUAAGUAGUGAUUGCCAAUUUUUGACAUGGCUCGUGCGAUUUAUUUUUCACCUCAAUGAAACCUUUAUUGUUCGUAAAUUAUAUUUUCACCUCAAUGAAAAUUUGAUUAUAUAAGAAGCAAUAUUUCAAUGAUAGUUUAAGGUGUAAUUCUGCAUAUGUCCAGGCGCUGCUUAGGCGCUAGACAAUAACAAAAUACUUCACCUAGCCUCUAAAACAAACAAUUAAGAGUUCAUAGUAUCUAGGCGCCAUUUGGUCAAAGCUAAACACGAUAAUCGUGCGAAGUGUGAUUAAUUGAAGUGACACACGCUUAAUUAUGUUUUUUUACAAAAGAUAAUCAUAUAUAUUGAUUAAAAGAAAGAUAAUUACAGCCUAGAAUUCAACCAGGAUAGAAAAUCAAAAGAUCGACUUGUAGUCGGGUACAAUGAAAGGGCAUUUUUAGCCACCACAUAGGCUACCCUAUUGUUACGUCGUCCUACAAGUCGUACACUAAGUCCAUUAUGAAGAGCAAAGUAAUGUUGGACCUCCUCAAGAAUUGCGCCCACCCCCCUACUAUCCCGGGUACUUGAUUGAUUGAUCUUGUCAAUGACCACUUUAGCAUCACCUUCAAAGCGAAUCUCCAACAACCCUAUAUUCCACGAGAUUUUCGCUCUUCCUUCUUCGAUUGAGAAUUGAAUUUCUAUGUUAAUGAGACAAAGACUCGGAACUCAUGAAUGACAAUGGCUUCUCCUUUCACUCCAUCGCUUUCUCCCUUUGCCCUGCUUUACGUGUUGUUGACUACAGAGAAGCCACAAUUUGUCAAUUCUUCUCCAACUGCAGUAGACCUGACUCUCUUCCCUGUUUUUUUCACGUCGUGAACCACAGGUAAGCCCAAACCCACAACUUUUUCAAUUCUUCUAUAGCUCCGUUCAACCGAACCUCUGUCCUGCUCUUACAAGCGUCCACUACAGAGUAACCACAAUCGACGACUGUUAAAAACUUAUGAUUCUAAGAAGUCAUGACAUAUUUUGCUUGUCGUUGAAGGUGACAUAUGUUUUUUUAUGAAUAGUUAGCUAAGUUAUUAAUCAUAUAAAAAUUGAACAAAGUAAAAAAGUGCUAUAAAAUUGUUAUUUCUACUAAACCCCGUUAUUUUUUCACUUAAAACUCCUAGGCGUCGCUUAGGUGUGCUAGGCGUUAGACAGGACCGUAAAGCUUUUCCAGCACCUAGUGUUUUCUUGAACUUUGCUUCCAACUAAUUAGACUUAAUUAUUUAAUCUAUUAUAUCCUUUUUCAUGUAUGAAGUGUUUUCCUUCCAUUUUCUCAUAAUAAAAAAUUAAAUUGUUG